CCCGGACAUGGAACUGCAGGGAGACUAGCAGCGAUUUUGUUGCUGACUGCUCCGUGAGGAAGGGAGGAUUGAAGUCCAGGUCAAGUUUUGCUCUGGGGUGGAAUAGAGAAGACUUCAACACCUGUGCAGGCUCAGAGUCUCAGGUGAGGCUUAAUGCUUCACUUGGAAAAUCCUGUCUGAUCCAUCUCGGCCUACAGAUACUGUCUCAGGAAGAGCCAUGGCCUCAAUUUCAGGGAUCAGGAAGAUGAGGGAGGAAGCCACGUGCUCCAUCUGUCAGCAGCUUAUGACAGAGCCUGUGAGCAUCUACUGUGGGCACAGCUUCUGCCGCAGGUGCAUAAGUAGCUUCUUUGGUCAGAGUCUCCAUUGUGCGUUUUUUGUGAUGAUGCGUCCCUGUCCCUUGUGUGGAACAUCAUUUCAAAGGGAGAGUCUCCACCCAACAGACUGCUGGAAAACCUCAUUGAGAGCAUUAAGGAGCUGGAGCAUGAGAAGCUGUGUGAGGAACUUGGGGAGCAGCUGUACCUGUUCUGUGAGGAUAAUGGGCAGCUCAUCUGCUGGCGCUGUGAGCGCUCCCCCCAGCACAGAGGACACAGCACGGCUCUAGCGGAGGACGUAUGUCCAGGCUACAAGAUAAUUUCAGAAAGAGCCAUGGCCUCACUUUCAGGGAUCAAGAGGAUGAGGGAGGAAGCCACGUGCUCCAUCUGCCUGGAGCUGAUGAAGGAGCCUGUGAGCAUCCACUGUGGGCACAGCUUCUGCCGCCAGUGCAUAACUGCCUACUUUGGUAAGAGUCUCCAUUGUGUGUUUAUUGUGAUGAUGCGUCCCUGUCCCUUGUGUGGAACAUCAUUUCAAAGGGAGAGUCUCCGACCCAACAAGCCGCUGGAAAACCUCAUUGAGAGCAUCAAGGAGCUGGAGCGUGAGAGGCUGUGUGAGGAACACGAGGAGCGGCUCCACCUGUUCUGUGAGGACGACGGGCAGCUCAUCUGCUGGCGCUGUGAGCGCUCCCCCCAGCACAGAGGACACAGCACGGCUCUAGUGGAGGACGUAUGUCCAGGCUACAAGGAGAAGCUCCAGGAAGUUGUGACAAAACUGAAAGCACAGAAAGAUACAUGUAAGAGUGCAAAGUUGUUCACGAGAGACCAAAUGACAAAAUGGGAGGAGAACAUAGAGCUUCAAAAACAGAAAAUCCAGUCUGACUUUGAGAAUCUCAUCAACUUCCUGUCAGAGGAGAAGAUGUACCAUCUGCGAAGACUGGAGAAGGGGAAAGAGCAGACUCUGGACAAACUGUGGAAGAAUAAUAACUGUCUGAAAGAGCAGAGCCAGGAACUCAAGAACCACAUCCUGCAACUGGAGGAGAAAUGCCAGGGCUCAGCCCAGAACUUGCUGCAGGGUGUAAAAGACACCUUAAGCAGGAGUUCCGCAGUGAAGCUGAAAGUACCAAAGCCUGUCUCUUUAAAACUUCCUGCUGUCUGCAAUGUUUCUGAGCUUUACUUUGACAUGAGGAAAAUAUUGAGGAGCUACCAAGUCAGUGUGACUCUGAAUCCCGAUACAGCUCAUCCUGAACUAAUUCUGUCUGAGGAUCGGAGACAGGUGACCCGUGGCAGCCCCCAGGAGAAGCAUCACGAUUCUAGGAGAUUUAGUGUGUUACCCUGUGUCCUGGGCUGUGAGGGCUUCACCUCAGGGAGACGUUACUUUGAAGUGGCCGUGGGAGACGGAAUGCAGUGGGAUAUAGGAGUUUGCCUGGGAAGUGUACCCAAGAACGCUGACGUGACACUGAUGCCUCAGUCUGGAUUCUGGGCCAUCAGACUCAGCAACGGGAACUGCUAUGAAGCUCUUACCUCUCCCCCAACUUCCCUUUGUCUGAGGGAGAAGCCUACGGUUGUGGGACUUUUUCUAGACUGUGAUGCCGGACUUGUACACUUUUAUAAUGUGACAACUGGCUCCCACAUCUUCACCUUUGAGAAAUUCGUCCUCUGUGAUACUAUCUGGCCCUUUUUCCAGGUUUAUCAUUGUUCACCUUUGUUCCUGCCUCCUUCAGAGAAAUAAGUAAGUACAGGAGCCAAGUCUUUUUGUUUAAACAUCACAGGUAAUAUAAAAUCCUGUGAAGGCAGUAAUCAGAUGUUUACUUCACUGCUUGUUCCCUUCACCUGUAAUAGUACCAAGCACCCAGCGGAGUUUUAAUAAAUCUGCAUUGACUGAUGCACGUAUAGACUCUAAAACACGGCAGAUGAUAGCCAUGAUCAUAAAUUGUUCUCUCCAUCCCUCCUCAUUGAGUUCAGAUUUGGGUUUUGAAGACUUGUUGGCUUAAAAGCAGGGUGACAAUAAUCUAGAGGUCUGCAUUCUCCCAGUUUGAAACCAUUUAACUCACGUGUGGGGAUGACGGGAUGCUGCAGAUAUCUGUCAGCCACCUAAGGAAUCCAAAAUGGGGCCUCCCUGGUGGGGCAAGGGAUUAAGACAUAACCUAUGAAGCUAUCUGCAGUCACUGUAGCUUGUAUUUCAUCCCUGGCCAGGGAGCAAACCACAUGGUGCAGCAGAUCUCUGUCUUGCCCGCUGCUCCCCUCAGCAGUGUAUUUCAGUCAGUCUCCCUGUUCUGUUCCCUACUCUGUCUCUGGUGAAUCCUCUCACCCCCCACACCUCUGGCCUGUACCCCAGCUCUUGUAUGCAUAAAUAAAUAAAUCUUUAAAAAAAAA